GUUUGGGGCGAUAGAGCAGCCUUUGCUACUGGGAUAUAGACUCCAUAUGCUGACAUACCAAUCUAUUGUCAUCAAUUGUAUUACAAACAGGUCACCCCUCCAUCUUUCACCGAUGAAUGUCUCAUGAGGAUGUUGUGCACGUCCAUAGCUACGGCAAGUCGUGCUUAUCAACACUCAAGAACUGCUCAUCGUCCGCUAUCUGAAUAGCUGUUAUCUCAUCAACUCGUACUCCGCCUUUCACGCGAUGCUACUUCCGGACAACAUCGCUGCAGUACUCGGAGGUGCGUGGCAAUUUCUCAACCAGACAUCGAAAUAUCUAAAUGGUACUGAUCGUGUCACGGGCGGUCUCGGAAACCAUCCUGUGGGGAUUCUCAUCUAUCACCCUCUUGGCUAUGUCUCCGUAAAUCUGUGGUCCACUGAUCCCGGCGCCAUCCCCGCUCCCGCCGAUGAAUACAAUGACGCCGAGUGGGCACUUAUUGGACAUCAUACGCUAUCUUAUGCAGGGCCUCUGCAGGUAUGGGAGGGAAGCAAUGAGACAAGAGGGACACUCACCCAUGGGCCUUUGGUGAUGUCAUCAUAUCCGAAGUGGGUAGUGACAGAUCAGACCAGAAAUUAUACUGUAUCGGCAAAGGCGUAUGAAGGAAGGGAUGUGUUGUUGUUAUGGGCGCAGAACAUCGAAAAGGAUUCGUUGUCGAGGUUGCAUUGGGCAAGAGCUGCAGAAAAUGGAUCAAGCUGGGCGACAUGAGUCUUGGUUGUAGGAAUACGUUCGAAGAAAGAAGUUUAGAGAAAUAGGUGACGAGGGUAUUGAAGACGAUUUUUAAAUUGGAUGCCGCGGAUGUGG